AUGCCAGCCCGAAGCCCCAUCACAGCAUCCCCUGCCCUCCUCUCCUUCCUCCAGACCUUGCACAUCCGCUCUAUCGAACAAGACAAAACAACCAAGACAAAUGCGAAACUCGUCUACCACAUCCUGCGAGCCAUCAACGCACGCACCGUCGUCGAAGCAGGUACCAGUUUUGGCGUGAGAACGAUCGACCUCGCUCUCGCCGUGACACAAAAUGCGAAACGCAAUGGAUCCAUUGGCAAAGUCAUUGCGACUGAGAAAGAGACUACUAAAGCCGUGGAAGCGCAAAAGCAUUGGGAGCAGGCUGGGGAGGAAGUUCGAGGGGUGAUUGAGUUGAGGGUUGGAGAUUUGAAGGAGACUUUGCAAGGGGAUCUGGGGGUUGUCGACUUUUUGCACCUUGACAUUUGGACUCCCCUUGCGAUGCCGGCGCUGAAGCUGGUUCAGCCUUUUCUGAGGCCCGGGGCAGUGAUCAUGGCUGAUAACCCGCUGAAGGCGGGGGCAGGGUAUGAGGAGUUGUUUGCUUAUGUCGAUGCGCCUGGGAGUUUGUUCCGAAGAGUCACCAUGCCGUAUGAAGAAGAAGGCCUCUUCUCUCCAGGUGGCCCAAGCCAAGGCUUCAACCCACCCCAGAACCUCUCAACGGCCAACUACCGCCUGAACCACCUCGCAAUCCGCAUCAAAGACCCAUCUCGUUCCCUACACUUCUACGUCGACCUCCUGGGUAUGCGAAUCAUCUUCACCAUGAACGCAGGCCCCUUCACAAUCUACUACCUCGGCCAUCCACCCCCAAACACAGAUCUAGAUCAAUGGGCGAGACACACGAGUCAAAUCCCCGUUCUGACGCGGACUAAUGGCCUUCUGGAGCUUUAUCAUGUUCAUGGAUCUGACCAAGUGUCGACGGGGAACGUGCCGCCGAAUCUGGGAUUUGCGCAUUUGGGGUUUACGGUGCCAGAUGAUGUUGGGGUCUGUACGAGGGAUUCGGUACCGUUGUCCAAGUGGGAGGAGGAGAAGGGGAUUGGGCGGGGAGAGAUCCAUGAAAAUUAUGCGUGGUUUUUCGAGAAGUUCGCAAUGGUGGCAGAUCCGGAUGGAUAUUCGGUCGAGUUGAUCCCCCAGGAUAUACACUGA